AUGACGAUGCUGUCGCUGGUGCUCCUGGUGCUGCUUGUUCCGAUCUCGACGAGCGGCGAGAAAAAAGUGCCCGAAGUGAAGACCAGCAACGAAGUGUCGAAGGUGGACGAGUAUCUGACGAGGAGUUUCGACUGGAUCGGCGAGAGGUUUUUGGGGAUAUUGGACUCGUUCGUUCCUAGCGAGAGAAGCGGACGCGCUAAUAGUGUUGAGGGACGAAGGCGUAAGAAGCUAAAACUAAACAAGUACGUCUUCCCCCUGAUCGUCGGCUUCCUCCUCAUCAAAUCGGUAAUCCUACCACUGACGCUAAAGGCUCUGGCAAUUCUCAGCGGUAAAGCGGUAGUGUUGAGUCUUAUGAGCCUGAUCCUGGCGGCCAUUAUCGGCUUGCGCAGCGUGGCGAACGGCGGCAUCACACCGGCGCAGAGCAAAAUCGACCUGGUGAACGUUCCCUUGACCAAGUACAGGAGGAAAGAUGUCUUGGAUCACGCGGUGGAGCAAUUCGACGACGAUCCUUAUCGAUACUACGGCGAACGGCGAAGGAGGAGAAGAUAG